AUGGAAGAUCGGACAGGAAUUGGGCAGGAUGCACGUCUGGGUCUCCGGACGCAGGCUCGGGAGGGGAACGAUGUGUCCCGUAUCCUCCAGAUGCCCAAGACACUCGCCGGCUCGCAGGAGCCCGUACCCCUGACCCAGUUUCUCUCCAUAUCAGGACCCCCAUGGGAAGUGUUAGAAGAGAGAGGAUCUCUGCACAAACGUCUGUGUGACGGCGGCCCGCCCCAGCGCUGGCGCUGGGUACCUAAGGAAGUGGAUGUAGAGCUGCCAACUCUAGGGAGAAGCUCCCUAACCCCCAAAUACUAUGGCUGUGGCCUGGUGAUCUCUGAGGGUCUGUAGAGAUGCUGAGUGGGUCUUGGGUGUGGGAAUGGCAAAGGUUGCCAUGCCACCCAGCUGGUUGGUGAGAAGGAAUAUGUCACUGGGACACACAUGGCAGAGUCUCAGGUAAGAUUAUGUGAGAUUUACCUGGAUUAUCACGCGGGCAAGUUUGGUUUCCAGGCUUCUGACGUCAAUUUUGUUCAUGGCUCCACAGAGAAGCUGGGGGAGGCUGGGAUCAAGGAGGAGAAUUCAGACCUUGUCAGGCAGGCCUGUGUCAUUAAUCUUGUGCCUAAUAAAAAGAAAGUUCUGCAGGAGGUAUACUGGGUGCUGGAGAUAGGGCACUUGGUAUUGAUGACUGAGCUUGAACUUGAACUGUUUCUUUCAUUUCCUAUCAUUUAUGAGUUCUAUUUCAUUGACGUCUAUGGUAGCCUUGAAUUGCCUGCAGAAGUCAGGGUACAUAAAGUUUUAUGGGUAGGUGAAUGUUUAAAGGGAGCUCUAUUCUGAAAAGACCUCUUCAUGUUGGCUGAAAAAAAUUGGUUCUGUGCUCCAUAACUGAUCACUGCUAAACCAAUCACCCUUGGAGACAAGAACUUGGAAAAAGUUAUUACUGGGUACUCCUUGGGAGCAAGGUGCAUAGUGAUUCUUUGCUUCCCCACAGUGCUUAGCAGAGAACUGAGCCUUGUAGGGGCUCAACUUUCUGAGAAAGUCCUAGAUCAAAGGUAUCAGGAUGUUUAUAAUGAAGAGAUUUCUAGGCAUGAGAAAAAAUUGAGAUUUGAUGCAAAUUUCAUAUUGAAGGCUUCCCUUACCAGACCAAUUCUGUCACACUUUUACCUCAGCCAAAGACAUACCUUUAUUCAUCUUUUGUUAUUUUCCUUUUACGAUUUUUUUUCCCACUCAGAAACCUUACACAGAUAUCUUAUUGAUGAGGAUUGGAGAAUAAUUGAAGGGAAUGAAGAAAUAAUGCCCAUUUUGAAGAAUUUCAGGUUUGCUCCUAAUUUUCUGAUCAAACCACUAGGAGGGAAGUUGUCGAUCCCUGGGGGAUCCGUGAUCGCCAGGCUUUCCUUCCGUGACAGGGACCGUCCGGAGCAGUCCCCCAGGCUGCAGAGGCUUAUUCGCAGAGGGAGCCCCCAGCAGUGGCCGAGGGGACUCCUCCUCCAGCCACGCCUAGCUGAAAAGGCCGUGGCUCAGGGCCAAAGCAGCAGCAUAGCCUGCUUCUCCUGUGGAUUCUUGGCCUUUCCUCCCACUCGAAGGAAGCAAUUAAUAGAACUUCACUAA